GCCAGGGGCUCAGACCUGAACACACCUUCAUGGUGACAGGUCUCUCUGGCUGAAGCUCCUACAGGAGAUUUUGCCAGGGUUUUCAUGGAAUACAGAAAACUCAUUAGCUUCUUAGACGACAUAUCGGAUGGACGGACAAAGAAACCGACAGAGCAAAAGGACACAACAAAUGCUUCAUAAAGCAAUGCAGAAAAACAAGACCAAAGACAUGACCAACAAAAUUACAAAUAUAAUGACGUGGUUUGUGUCUGAGGUCACAGACAUAAUAUAUCCAGCAAUAAUUCAAUAUGAAGGAAGAAAAAUCGCUGAGAGAGACAGGGGAGAUCAUGAGGGCAAUGCCAAAAACUUUGUCUUCACAGACAGAAACAGAGCACCCAGCAGAUCACCGGGAUGUAUGAGGAGAGGGAGGAGAAGGAAAAUAACCCCACUGGUUUCUCAACAGGCACCUAGCCAGUCUCCAACAAGAAGGCACCUUGCAAGAAAGCCUUUCUUCCCAUCACUCAGAAAGGUAUUUCCCAAAGAGGAAGUAGCAAUGCAGGGAGCUUGCAGCAAGCCCCUGACAACCUGCACAAUUGAGCCUCAAACACUGCAGUCACAAACCAGUAUUUAUGCUGAUGUUUUUUUUAGAGAGACAUAUGAUGAACUAAUAAGCAAAUUAGUCCUAUCACAAAUCCCACAUAUUCAGGACAUUCCAAUUCCUGGAAGCAAUCCCUCAUAUAUCACCACAGCUGGAGCUGAUUCAAUCCUAAAUAAGCUUUCCAUAUGUCAGGCCAGAAACCUGCAGCCUUCUGAAGACCAGGCUCUCUCCCCUCACAUAGACACAUUGACGGCAAAAAUUAUUCAUACCAGUUUAUCUGACCUUAUGCAAGAAAGAGCUUCCAAAGUCUCAGUUUAUGCAGACAUGCAAGACAAGAACAGUGUGCCAGCAGAGAGCUUUGGUGGUUUGAUAAGGAGAAAAAUUAAUGGUUGCCAACAGGAAAAAGCAAAGGCACCCUCUUCAGUUCCGUAUAACCCUCAAGAACCUGGAGAAAUUGAUGCUGAAAAGCUUUUAGAAGCUCCUACCAAAAGUAACGCCCGAGGCCACAGUCCCACACCAUCUAUUCUGGGGGUAUGCCACAGAGUUUUGGAAGAUCUGAUCAGCGGGCUUUUAUCUAACAUUCUCCCUGCCACCGCCAGCACAUCUUCCUCUCCAGAAAAUAAAAUGGAUUUUGCAGAAUUUGACUUAAUUCACAUGAAGAUAAUCAGUAAAGUUAAGGCAAAAAUCUCUGAAGAUGAGAACUCUUCUAGCCAGCAUACUGAACAGCCGCACUCCAGGGUGGAGGACAUGAUUCAAACAAUUGCUGAUUCAGUCUACAAUAAGCUUUUGACACAGUUUCAGUCUAGAUUCAAUAUGCAGAACUGUCUAAGAAAUGGGUGCAUGGUUAUUUCUGAAGCUCUUUGUGACCUGGUCGUCCAAGAGGUUUCUGGACAUCCACUGCAGAGCUCUCUUUCCGAAGAAUUACUGCUUCACCACUGUGCUGAAGCUGACGAGAUUGCUGAAAAAGUUACUGUAGGAAAUGGUACUGAGCCUUUGCAUAACCCAAACAGUUUAUCAUCAUAUCUUAGUAAGAUAGCUCCUCUCAUCAUAGAAAAACUAGAAGCAAACCUUAUGUCAACACUUUCUUCCCUCUUUCCCUUUGCCGAUUUGGACACAGAAAAGAUGUUGUUACUGAAUGGAGCAACUAGAAAAAUCCUGCAUGCUUUGCAAGCAGUCCUGUCACAACACCAGAUGAACACGAACAAACAGAUCAAUGAAAGAGAAUUUUUAGGCACUGAAGACAGGCAGGCUAUGGGAGACAUACUCCAUUUGGCUUGCACGAGCACUGGAGACCAUUCUGGCUCUGACAUUUUUGUUUGCGGAAACCUAACAGAUAAGAUAGAUAUUUUAGCUAAUAGGCUAGCGGCUUCCAUAGCAAAAGAAGUUGCCAAACCUGAAUUUCAAGGCAGUUCAGAGGGGGAGACUUUGCCUGUUUCAGCUUCAACAACAGAAGCUGUUAGGAUUGUUGAGAAAUCCCCUGCUGAUUUUGGCAGGAUAGAGAAAAUGCCAAAUCCUUUUAACCCACCUAUUCUUGUGGUACCCGUGACAUUUGUGGAAGAAAUAUUAAGUCAAUUCCUUGCCAAAGUCUUAAGUUCAACUGACGGCACAAGCCCAAAUUGCAGAAGAUAUUUAUCACGAUCUAAAGUGACUGAAAUUGUUGAGGACCUUAAAGAGGCCAUGGAACAAGGCCUGUCCAAACAUCACAUCAGACUUGUGGCAGCCACAAAUGAACGUUUCCCUCCAGAGCGUGACGAUGCAAUUAAUGAAGUUGUUCUUUCUGUUUCCAGGAAUAUGCUACAAAAAUCUGGAUCUGAGCAAGAACUUUAUGAUGACAUAACAGGUUUUGAUUCAUUUUUUCCUCAAGAAAUGGUUACAGUAAUAAUUGAGGAACUCUCUCAGUGCCCUUUUUUACAGGCUGUGAGUGACAGUCCAGCAAUACCAAGCCAAAGUGCAAUGAACCCAGGCAGAAUUGCCGACAGGGUCCUUUCCCAAGUGUCCAUUAGUGACGAGCUGAAGACCUGGAGUUGUGAAGAAACAAUCCCAGGUUCUGAAGAUGCAAGUUCAAUGUCUGAGGCUCAGAGAAAUGACAACAGUUAUUUUUCUCGGGGUAGCACAGGACAACCAGAUGUAAGACCAGGGGAGCUGGAAAUGCUGGCUGCAGGCGCUAGCCAGAAUGAACAACUAUCUCCCACAUCAGAAGACAUGGAUGAUGAUACAGGUAUGCAUGAGGAAGUGACGCUGGCUAAGUCAGGUGAUGUACUCGAGGUCACAAGGAAGUCUGUAGCUAAGCCAGGAAGUGAUUCUAGGCCUCCUGAAUCCACAGUCAUUGACCUAGCCAGAGACCAGCAUUUCUGCGCUACCUACCACCUCACAUGUAACACUGCAGGAAAGAGAUAGUUAGGUCCUGAGCUUCAAAUACAACAUCCUGCAGAGCUCGGCCACAGCAGAGGAUCCAGCCAAGCUGGUUAUCAGCGCCCCACCCUAACACGUCCCUUCAUAGCACACAGGGCUUAUUCCCUCUGCUUGUAGACUUCAGUUUUGGCUAAGUGCAAUGGCUGAGUGAUAACAAGACUGGAUUAGAGAUCCAGAUGUGUUUCCCUGUACCAAAUCUAAUCCUGUCCACAGGAGAGCCUUGGUUCUUGAGGAAAGACAUUGGACUAAAUGACCUUUGGACACCCUUGCUUUCUUUUUCUAUAUUAAGUGACUGCUCUCUUUU